GAAGCUAAAACUGGGUUUAUUGAAUUGGAUUCGAAUGUGGACUUUUCCAAUGAUGUGCAUGUUUCGCCGUAGACCUUCUCAGUACCAUGUGUGACUGGCAAUUGAUUUGGCCAUUUUGGGUGUCCUUUAUGCUUGGUUCGUCUCCUUUGUGCAGAAUGGAUUCUCAGAUUAAGCAUGCUGUUGUCGUCAAAGUCAUGGGUCGAACUGGGUCGAGAGGGCAGGUGACUCAGGUGAGAGUCAAGUUCUUGGACGACAUGAACCGGUUCAUCAUGAGGAAUGUGAAGGGACCGGUGAGGGAAGGAGAUGUCCUCACCCUUCUGGAGUCCGAGAGAGAAGCAAGGAGGCUUCGUUGAGCCAUCGCUUUUACGUGUUCCCUGAAUUUUGGUAUGACUACACCGGGGUUUUCUGCUACUGGUUGAUCCAA